UACAGAGCUGUUAAGCGAAUCUAACAGCAUCUAUUGUCUCUGGAGAGAAGUACUUCUUAUCAGACACGCACAUCGCGCGUGGGUCCCAACUCCAACGCGCUCUUCACUUUCACUGACUCAUUCUCUCUCUCUAUUUCUCUUCCAAUCAAAACACAACUCAUUCCCUUCAUUGUUCAUUCAUUCUUCGACUUCGUCUGUUUCAUUUUCAUCCUUUUCAGCUGCAUCAUGGCCCUCACGCGCCACCACACGCGCGUCCUCUCCUUCUUCUUCUUCUUCCACCUCUCUUGCUCAACUCUCUCCGUUCUCUCACACAUGUUCUCCCCCAUAGACAACUACCUCAUCAACUGCGGCUCCUCCGAGUCAACCACCGCCGUUGACUUCCGUCGGUUCUCCGGAGAUCUUUCCGGCAACCACCACUCCCCUCUACCAUCAUCAUCAAACGGAGCUUUCCCACUCAGAAACAAAGACAAUUUUCCCGAUUUGCCCUCAAUCUACCGUACAGCCAUGGUUUUCAACAAACCAACAAAGUACGUUUUCCCCAUCAAGGAACAAGGCACACACAUGGUACGUCUUCACUUUUUCGCAUUCAAUUCAACAAGAUAUGAUCUGGGUCAAGCUCAAUUUCACGUCUUGGUUAAUGGUUUUGUUGUUUUAAGCAACUCUAGAAGAGUGAUUAGUAGUGAAAAGCCAAUGAUCACCGAGUAUUUGAUAAAAGUCCUCAAUGAGGAGCACCUAGUGAUUCAUUUUGUUCCAACUAAAGAUUCCAGAUUGGCGUUCGUGAAUGCAAUUGAGGUGAUUUCUGCACCAAAGGACCUUGUUCCUGAAACUGCGACAUACCUUAGUUCAAAGGGUAUUGAGAAUUUCAAUGGAUUAAGCAACCAAGCUCUUGAAGUUGUGUAUAGGGUCACUGUUGGGGGUCCUAAGAUUACACCAUUCAAUGAUUCAUUGUGGAGGACUUGGAUUCCUGAUAACGAGUUCUUGAGAUCGAGUUUUGGAUCUGAAAGGCUUUACUUUGGUGGUAGGAUCAAGUACCAUGCUGGAGGAGCUAGCCGCGAAGUUGGACCAGAUAAUAUGUACAAUAGUGCAAGGUUAAUUAAGAGUAACAAUGAUUCUGUUCCUAAUGUUAAUGUGACAUGGGAGUUUCCAAUAAUUGGAGGUUAUAAGUACCUUGUGAGGUUGCAUUUCUGUGACAUUGCUAGUAUUCAACUUGGUUUGCUCUAUUUCAAUGUUUAUGUCAAUGGUUACCUAGCAUUGCAAGAUUUGGAUCUAUCAUCAAUCACUGGUUCAUUGGCUUCACCAUUUUAUGCCGACUUUAUCGUGGAUGGAAAUGGAAUUGAAAACCUGAGUGUGGCCAUUGGCCCGUCAAAUAGCAGCAUUCCAUAUGUCUAUGAUGCUAUCUUAAAUGGAGUUGAGGUUAUGAAGAUGAACAAUUCUCACAAUAGUCUUGAUGGCGAAGUUUGUGCUGGUUUUGUUCUCAAGAACUGGACAAGUGGAAAUGAAAGCAUUUUGCUUACUUUUAUAGCUGCUAUCUGCAUUUUGUUGAGCAUCUUCAUUGUGGUUCGUAGGAAGAUUAUCGAUUCCAGGAACUAUGUGCCAUGGUCAAGGUUGCCUAUGAAUGCUUCCGAAGACAAUGAAAUUAAGACUUAAUCCGAAGGUAAAGAAACUUUUUGCAAUAUCAACAAUAAUUUAUAGUUCCUGUAUUACUAGGUACUAGGUGUGAAUAUCAAACCUUUGUUCAAUUUGCUGUGUAAUAUUGCAGGUUUCAUUCUAUUAUCAAAAUUGUUAUGAUUUCGAAUAUAGGCAUGUAACUUAUGUAUUCAGUGGUAAUAUUUGAAUUGUUAAUACUUUAUUGGCAUGGAUCAAA